CAUCACCUAUACCUCACCUCACCAUCCACCAUCGCUCACACAACACCCACACCACCAACCAACGCCGGUGUGACACCACCAACCCAACCCAACCCAAUAUAAAAAGCAGACAAUGUCCCCCUCAACCCGCCGCCUCCUCAAAGAAUCCACCGACCUCCAAACCAACCCAUCACCCUACUUCCACGCCGCCCCCGUAUCCGACACCAACCUCUUCGACUGGCACUUCACCCUCCUCGGCCCACCACCACCCUCCCCCUACGCCGGCGGCAUCUACCACGGCCGCAUCACCCUCCCACCCACAUACCCACUCCGCCCGCCCAGCUUCCGAUUCCUAACCCCCUCGGGACGAUUCGAAGUCAACCGCGAGAUCUGUCUCAGUAUUUCAGGCCAUCAUGAGGAGACGUGGCAGCCAGCGUGGGGGAUCCGGACGGCGUUGAUUGCCCUGCGGAGUUUCAUGGAUGGGGAUGCGAAGGGCCAGGUGGGCGGGUUGGAUGUGGCGGAUGAGUGAGGAUAAGGAGAGGAAGGAGGAGGAGAAGGAGGGGGAUGAGGCUGCAGCUGCGGAUGCAGGUAUAUCUGCAGGUGUGGAUACGUCUCAGAUCCCUCAAGCAGAGGUACAGGCACAGGCACAGCAGCCCCAACAACAGCAAUUACAACAUACUCCCCCAGCAACAAGACCUCCACCACCAGUGCCUGCUGCUG